GGAUGGGAGUACAGUGGCUAUUUCACGUUUGGCUCACGGUUACUGGUUUUCUGAUAUAUGGCGUGGAAAGCCAGCCUUCUCCUCAAGAGUCUCUGCGUCAGUGUGCCCCAUGGACAAGGCUGUCCAAAGGCAUCAACCAGUAUCAGGGCAGACAGGGGAAGGGUGUGAACAUAGCCUGUAAGGAUCACAGUCAUGACAAGUGUGAACAGCUGGACUGUGGAGGCAGAUAUAUCUUAGAUUUUGUCAGUAUCGAGUUUAAUGUGUGUCUGGGGUUGAUUUUCCAUCACUGUAACAACCCUCCCGCCAUGGAAUUCAGCUUACAGCUGCCUACCCUUAACAGCAGCAUUCAUCAGAUGGUAGUCCACAACGACAGCAUCCCAGUACCAGGUCUGAGUAAGAAAGUUGGAAAUAACACAGCUGAAGUUGAGCUAUAUGUGGAACUGCGGAGAAAGAAUGCUACAAGCUUCGCCUUCAGGAUAUCAGGACGUGUUCGCCUAACAUCAACUCUAUUUGGCCGUGUGAUUACUGACUGGCCAGAGAAUUUACAGAGAGACAUCAUAACCAUUGAUGACCUCCCUGUGACUAGAUGUACCACCACAACCAACUCCACGCUAUCUCCACUAAAAGUGUGUAAUGUCGAUGAGUUCAUUGGCACUAGUGUAUCAACUGCGAAGCCCGUUUCAACAACCACAACACCCAUUAAAAUCACCUCAGCAACAUACAAUAAGUCCUGUGAGUUUGGGUCAUUGGGAAAACCACAGUGUAGCCAAGGUGAGGCCUGCUUUAGCAGUCGAUGUCUGUGUGCAUAUGACUACCAGUUGUCCUCUCAUGGCAUCUGCCAGUUUGUUGGAAAGAAGACUAUCGGGCCUAUAUUAAAAAUCCCCCUUGAUACAUCAAAUCCAACCAAACCAGCAAUUCCUCAGCCUGCCAGUCAGCACCAGCCUACUUCCACCCCUGGGAUGAACAAAACUGCCAUGAUAAUUGGAGGUUCAGUUGGUGGUCUCGUCCUCGUAGCAGCAAUCAUCAUUGCUGUUGUGGUGAUAAUCCGUAAGCGAGGAGCACGUUAUCAAGGACGCGAGCUCCUCCUGACUGAGGAGGACACUGAUGUAGCAAUAUGACAUGGAUGUAACUUGACAGGGCAUGGAAAUCUUUACAUCAAUUCACCUAUCACCCGUGUUCAUGAAUACAAACCAUAAGUUUUCAAAAUCAUUUACAAGUGAAAUCCUAAAUGUUUAUUUUUCAUUCACCAUCAAAUUUACGGUAACAUGGUUAUUUUCCAGAAGGUCUAUGUUUCACUCUUUUCUAAUAUGGAAUCAUUUUGUGAAAAUUAGAUGCAUUGAACAUAAAAUUAGAUUUCAAGACUUCAAUGAAAAAAAUUGUUAGAACAACAAAAACUCUGUACGUCUCUGUGUGAGGAGAAAACUUCCUGUCUUUGUGCAGUAUUUUGAUUCAUUGUAGUGAGGAAAACUUAUGAUUUAAAUAAGAGUAAUUAAUUGGUGACUGGUUAGAAGUGAUGUACACCAGGGACAUCGAGGCGACUGGUGUAAUGCUGAAUGUUUACAGAGCUCUGAGAUAUUAUCUCCCUUUAUUUAUGCUGUACAUAUUGAAAUCUUAAGUAGCUAUUUCUACUACUAAAUCUGUAACUGAUAUGUGAAUCUACUGUUGAUCUGAAAUUCUUUACAGAUUGAUCUGAAAUUCUUUACAGAUUGAUCUGA